AUGUUUGCAUCCGCCCUGCCUCCUGCUGUACAUUUCGGUUCAAACCGUCAUACCGCUACUCCCGAUGUUGUGGACCAACCACCCAUGGCUGAUCAGCUCAAUAAUAAACGAAUUACAAGUCGAACGAAGGCACAGAGGUCCAGGAAAGAAGUGAGCCCAGCUUGGGGGAAAUCUGGAGAACAUCGUCAGAAGCAAGCGACGAGGCUAGAGUCUACUUUGCGAGUGCAUGGCCCUGCUCUAGUUCCCGUCUCGAGGGACGAGGCAAUGGAAUGCGACGAGCUUGUUCGCACCUCUCUCCCCGAAGGUGAGGAAAAUGACAAUUUGCCGACCUCUGCCAACCCUAUCUCGACGAACACUUCUCAAAAUCCUAAAGUGCGGAGCGGUGACGAUCAGCCCAACUUGGAGAUAGAAAAUCCGGCGGGAUCGGACCUUGGCCUUCGACCUACGGCUAGUGCACAGGGAAAGAGCUCGAUUCCCGCCUGGGUAAAUUUAAAUCUCGCCGGGUUUGCACACGACACGAGAGCGGAAUAUGAAUGGAUGCGGGCCCACGAGGACCGAAGCUCUUACCACAGCCAAAUCUUUGCCAGACUUCCCAAACAACAGCAGCAUAUAUUGAGCCUCACACAACCCAUUUUGGAGGAGCUCCAACCUUACGGCAUCAUGAUCACCACCGAGUCCUGGCUACACCUGGUGGAUCAGCAAUGUCUAGCGGACAUCGAUCGCUAUGUCGAUAGCCCCUCUCGAUGGGCCGUCGUGAACUCACUCUACGCCAGUGCCAUGUUACACAGAGCCACCAGCGAUUUUCUGGCAGUGAUAUUGCCGACUGCGUGGAGCUACUUCAAAAAUGCGUUUUCAAAGUUCCCGGAACUUGUUACUCAGGGUAAAGACGUCUCAGCAUGUGAAGCACUGCUGGCGAUGGUUAUGUUCGUGCAAUGCACCGCCGACGUCCAAUUGACCUCGCAAAUUACGGCUGCAGUCACCCGUCUUGUGCAGAAUCUAGGUCUGCAUCGGAGAAAGUUCUACAUUUCGCUCGAUCCCACUGCUGCUGAGAGGCAUCUUCGGGCUUUCUGGCUUGCUUAUAUACUUGACGUUGACGCGAUGGAAAAGUACGAUUUUCGCCCUAGCCUUGGGGAUGAGGAGCUAUCUGUGAACUUGAAUUGUAGCUCCUCGCCGGGGUUCCACACUCAAAACGGCUCGCUUGGUGUCCUCCGAUGCAGAGCAGAACUAGCCGUCGUCCAGAGAAGAGCGCACGAGCGGCUACAUCCUGAUAAAAUCGUCCAUAUGAACCGCGACGAGCUCCUGGUAAACGCUCAAUCGAUGAGCAGACAGUUACAAGCGUGGAAGAGUUGUCUGUCAGAAGAGACAUGGAAAGACGGUCCAGAGUCUGAUCAUUUGUCCCUCGCCCUUUUGCACUACGCUUUUUACAACACUGUGAGCAGAGUCCACAUGGCCGUUGUCGGUCUCAGGGCUACUGAGCACUCCAGACCGGAUCUGACUUUGGCUCGGGGAGAAAGUCAUCCAGAGCCUAGUAUACAAGAUGCCUGGGCUACUUGCGCGGUCUCAGCCCGGAACACGAUCAAGGUUAUGGGCAUCUUGGCGCCACAGCCGUUUUUCCAUUUGUGGGGGACUUUGUGCUACCCUUUUUCAGCGGUGCUUAUGCUGUUGUCGGCGAUACUCGAGGAUCCUGGUGCGGCAACGGCGCAGGACGAUGCUAGCAGAAUAGGAGAAUUUGUCACGUUUCUGAAGGGGCUCGCCGGUGAUGCAUGUGACGUGAAAAAGAUGUUGGAGGCAUGUAUCAGGCUCCAUGACGUUGCGUCUUGUGCCAUCGAUAGCUUCCAGGCUGGAGAAAAUUCACAUGACCCUGGAGCGGCAGUUGUCCCAAUCAUCACGGUGGCGCAACUGGAGUCUAUCCGAGCGAAACUCUUCUGUGUGAAAGACUGGCUGCAACUCGCACAGGGGUUUUUGAGCAAUCUCCCGAUGCUUCGGGCUGAAGCAGACGAAGUGCUUUCCGACAUUCUUGGAAACGACACAUCGCAAGGGGAAUACGGUUUGUUUGUCCCUGAGCUGUUCAAAUCACACAAUCAUAACUUCUCUUUUGGAACUUGA